AUAAGGUUGCGAUAAAGGUGAUACUUUCUGUUUGCGAGAUGUCAAGUCAGAUAUGCCUAAAAUGGAACAGUUUUUUGAACAACAUCGCGACCAGCUUCGAAAGCCUUUGGGAAGAGGAAGGUCUGGUCGAUGUUACAUUGGCAAGUGAUGGACAGUGUCUUACGGCUCACAAAGUGAUCCUCUCGGCUAGCAGCCCAUUCUUCAAAAAAGUUUUCCAGACAAACCCAUGCCAGCAUCCAGUUAUAAUAUUGCAAGAUGUACACUUCAGUGAACUAGAAGCCUUACUUAUAUUUAUAUAUAAAGGAGAAGUGAACAUAGAACAAAAAAACUUGCCUGCUUUGUUGAAAGCUGCAGAGACUCUACAGAUUCGUGGACUCUCUGGUGGAGAUAUAUUUGCAAAAGAAUCGUACAAGAGAUUAGCAGAAUUAGAGCAGGCUGUGGAAGAGGAGGCAGCAACUGCAAAAGAUGAAACGCCAAAAAAAAAACAGAAACUUAAGCAUCAAAAUAAUUCUAUUCUCGAAACUGUGUUGGCACCUAAAAUAUCACAAUUAGAAAGUGCCGAUGAAUCGACAACCAGUGAUCAGAGUGGAAAAGAUGGGGAUUACCCGCUCCAGAAAAAUGUAGAGAAUCCAGUUUAUCAUCGUUUGGAAAUGAAGAUAGAACCAUUGGAAACAGUGGUAGAUGAUCUUCAGAAACAAUCUGCAGUGGAUAAAGAUCCUGUAGAAAGAUUGGACACUGGACAAGUCGAUGGAAGCCAAGGAUCUUCGAAGCCGAACGUAACCGUAAUCGCCGAGGCACGAGAGGUUGCCACACCUUCGCCCGAGCCACAGACGCGAGCUAUGUAUCCGAUCGGGCUCGAUGGAACUCCACAUUGGACUGCUUCGAAAACCAUCGAGGACUUCCAUUCGCCGAAUCAUUCGUAUUCAGAGUCGAUGUCCGAUCAUCAGGAAUCGAGGAACCUUCUCGUGGAACGGGACGGUAGCGUUCUUCGUGCUGGUUUCCCAGGUUGCACCGGAGGUACCGCUGGCAAUUCCGAGUUUUCGGAAGAGACUGUGAAGGGUGCCGCGGCGUAUCCGCCGUUUCCGUGUCCCUUCUGCGACAGGGCGUACACCAGUUGGGGCUUCCGACGAAGACACAUCAAAGCGGUCCACACAAUCUCGCCUUCCCUGAACUGCAAAUGGUGUUUGCAGGUUUUGCCCACACAUGCGGCAUGGAGGCGACACGUGAUAUUGGCGCACAAUCUCUCGGCGAGCGAUGCACACAAUGGUCUUUUGAUUUUAGAGGAAGCUCACAUGGUCUUACAAAUCGCCCGCCCCACUAGAUUGGACACUUUGGUCAACAUAAUUAAACAAAAUUCUCAACAGAUCAAUAAUCAGGAGAAUCCACAGACGGAUAAAGAUUAAGAUACUUCCCGGUAGCGUAUCGUCACUGUACUUUGCGUGAUAUAAUUAAUUCUCUUUUUAUAGACAGUUCC